UUGCUUCGCUUCUCUUUGUUUACGUGACAGGUUGGAUUGCGCACGCGCGGUAGGGAAGUGUAGGCCGUAGUUGCGCAGUUGUGAGGAGGAGGAGGGGAAGGUUUGUCGUCGGGUUAUUCUGCGUGAGUUCGUCGGUCAGUCUGUGUAAUUGGGAGCACUUGCAUGGAGAGGCGGACAUGGCUCCAUUUCCGGACGAGGUGGAUUUGUUCACUGGGCCUCACUGGAGGAUGAAGCAGCUGGUGGGCAGGUAUUGCGAGAAGCUCUCCAAUACCAAUUUCUCCAACAACAACGACUUAUUGGCUCUACUGCAGUCGCUCUAUGAAACCUUUAAGGAAUUUAAAAUGCACGAGCAGAUUGAAAACGAGUACAUCAUCGGCCUUCUUCAGCAGCGCAGCCACACCGUGUACAACGUUCACUCUGACAACAAGUUGUCUGAAAUGCUGGUGCUGUUUGAGAAGGGAAUGAAAAAUAAUGAAUAUAAACAGCUUAAUUAUGUUCAGCAGCUAAAGGAGAGGCUGGAAGCUUUCACCAGUGAUUUCCUACCUCACAUGAAAGAAGAAGAAGAGGUUUUCCAGCCAAUGUUGAUGGAAUAUUUCACUUACGAUGAGAUGAAGGAUAUUAAAAAGAAAGUGAUUGCACAGCACUGCUCCCAGAAAGACACCACAGAGCUUCUUAGAGGUCUCAGUCUGUGGAAUAAGGCAGAAGAGCUGCAGAAAGUGCUCAAGUAUUCAGUAGAUGAGAAAGCAGAGCGAAACUCAAAGACUCAGAAGAGUUCUUCAUCCAUUUCCAGUCUUCCUCCGGAGGUAAUGCUGAACAUUUUUACUUACCUUAACCCGCAGGAUUUAUGUCGCUGUAGUCAAGUGAACACUGAAUGGGCCCAGCUGGCCAAAACUGGAUCACUUUGGAGACAUCUGUAUCCUGUUCUCUGGGCUAGAGGGGAUUGGUAUAGUGGAUCACAUGCUUAUCUUGACAAUGAACCAGAUGAGGAUUGGAUAUCGAGAAGAAAAGAUGAAAGUCGUGCUUAUCAGGAGUGGGAUGAAGAUGCAGAUAUUGAUGAAUCCGAGGAAACUGGAGAGGAGGAGGAUUCUUCCAUAAGUAUGGCUCAGCGAGAAAAAGAAUUGCUAAACAGUUUGGUACAUUAUAUACUUCCAUAUGUCGGCCAUUCAGUGAAAACACUUGUGCUUGCCUAUAGUUCUGCCACCAGCAGCAAAGUGAUUCGUCAGAUGCUGGAAUACUGUCCAAACUUGGAACAUCUGGACCUUACUCAGACUGACAUAUCCGACUCUGCAUUUAAUGGGUGGCAUUUUGGUGCUUGUCAAACUCUGCACCAUAUUGACUUGUCAGGCUGUGACAAAAUCACAGACUUAACCCUAGAGAAACUGUCAGUGGCACUCGGAAUACCGUCCGCUCACAAGAAGCGUCUGCUCAAGUGUUACCGCAACAACAGGACACUUAAGGACAUUAGAAAUCAGAUGCGAUGCAGCAGUUUGGCACAGAUUACAGGGGAAAGCACAAUCUAUUCUGAUGCAUUCUGGGCAAACUCUGACAGGUCACAGGAUUAUACAUCUCCCCCCAUCUGGAUCCUAGACUCCGGAAAUCCGGGCGAUAUCGAAGAUGCAGCAGACUGGAAAUUCAGAACUACUGAUGGACUUUGUGUUUUAGAAAUGGCCCCCAGUGUGACUUGUUUCAGCAAUGGCUGUUGCAGCAGGGCCAGGCCUGGGAGGUGGACUAAUGUUGGUUGGCAGGAACAUUGCAAAGCUGCUACUGUCAGCUACUGCGGCCAUACGUUGUGUGGAAAUACACUAAGGACUAUACACACACUCCCAGAAGCCUCUGCUCUGUGCAAUAUUGGAACAAGGACUCUGCACUCAGACAUUACAGACUGUUUCCCUGGGAGCGCAAAAUCAGAUCAGCAAGCGGCACGUGCUCUGCAGUUUCUGAGCCUCUCAGGAUGCCAUCAGAUCACAGACCAUGGACUAAGGGCACUGACCAUAGGAGGAGGGUUACCUAAACUGGAACAUCUCAAUCUGUCUGGAUGUCUUAAUGUGACUGGAUCGGGGCUACAAGAUCUGGUGGCCACUUGCCCGUCUCUUAACGACGAGCAUUUCUACUACUGUGAUAACAUCAGCGGUCCUCAUGGUGCCACAGCCAGCGGAUGUCAGAACCUGCAGUGCGGAUUCCGAAUGUGCUGCCGCUCCGGUGAAUGAUCCGCCGCUAUUUUGACGUCUCAUCUUUGCAGUUCCUCUUCUUUAUAUGCACUUUACUCUCCUCUCACUCCUUUGUGCUGAUCUCUGAGUUCCUGUGGAAUUUCCCCACUCAGUAUCAUUCUCCAUAAGAGUCCAGCAUAGGAACAGUUUUUGCUUAAUAAAAACCUCAUUGUCUAAAUCAUCUCUAAA